AUGAAGCAUGCUAGGGCACACAAUGUUAUUGAAAGAGCAUUUGGUGUAUUGAAAGGACGUUGGGGAAUUCUUAGAAGUCCUUCGUGGUACUCCGUUAAGAUUCAUACUAGAAUCAUUAGUGCAUGCUGUUUGUUACACAAUUUCAUUCGAAGAGAGAUAGAAGUUGAUCCAUUAGACAUGGAAACAGAAUUCAACAUGGAGCAUCAACAUGAACAUGAACAUGGAAAUAUUGAUACUGUUGAACCAUCUAAUGAGUGGACCACUUGGAGGGAUGAGCUAGCUCAGUCUAUGUGGAAUGAAAGAUCCAGCAAUUAA